UCUAUACAAAUCCGCCUUUCAAACGAAGAGGUUUAUCUCAGUUAUUUAUUUUUAUGAUUUUAAGAGAGUUAUUUUUCUGCUCUGUGAGUGUGUAACAGUGGUCUUGAUUCUUGAACCAAGUGAAUGUACAUCUGGUCUAUUCGAAGUAGAAUUAAGGAUUAAUAUAUUAUUUUUUGUGCUGGGACUAGAAAAGAAAGCUACCAGACCAGAAUAAAAUUUGGGAAGAUUGCACAAAAUACUUAUAAUACAAGUGGCUAAAAUUUUGAAAGAGUUCUAUUUUUUGAAAAUGUAUUCUAAUAAACGUUUGGUUGCAACCUGCGGGGUAAUAUUUUGCUGUAACAUAGCUUUAUUAGCUGUAUUUAUAAAGUAUAACAUUGGUGAAAAAUGCCACAUUACAAUCAAUGAAGAGCAAGAGGUUACCACAAUUUUACCUGAUGACUUUUUGAGCAUUGGAAUUGAUGCAUCCGAAAUCCAAAGAUAUGAUAAAGUGGAUUUUUCUAAGAGUAAAUUUCAGGAAUUGGCAGCAGCAUUAGCUCCUGCUAGAUUGCGCCUUGGUGGAACCAUGUCUGACCGGUUAAUUUUUAGUAAAGAUGACAUUCCGUCUUUGUCGUGUAAUAAGUGUCCAUCAACAACAGAAACUGAAGGUGUUUGCAAUGCUGUGCAGGAAUUAUGCAGGCACAAAUUUCUACCCUUCUUUAUUCUGAAUGGAAAAAAAUGGACCCAAAUAAAUGAAUUCUGUAAGGCUACAAAUAUAAAGCUAUUAUUUCCUUUGAAUGUUCUCAUCCGCAACAAUCAAGAGUGGAAUGACCGCAAUGCUGUUGAACUUUUAGAAUAUUCUAAAAACAAAAAUUAUGAUAUUGAUUGGCAGCUUGGCAAUGAGCCUAAUUCAUUUCUCCAUGUUUUUAACAUUAGUAUCAGCCCUCAAACUUUAGCUCAUGACUUUAAAAAGCUACGAAAGCUUCUAAAUCAUCAUGGAUAUAAGAAAUCCUUGCUCGUUGGCCCAGAUACUACGAGGCCACAAGAUCACAAGCCUAAUUGUCUUAAUUAUAUGGUGGAAUUUUUGGGCAAUGUUUCCCAUCAUGUCAAUAUCAGAUCCUGGCAUCAGUAUUACUUAAAUAGCAGAACUGCAAAACUGGAAGACUUCUGGAAUCCAGUUACGUUUGAUUUACUCAAGGAACAAAUUGAAACAAUGCAAAAUCACACAAAAAAAUACCACAAGAUUCCAAUGUGGCUGACUGAAACAAGUACUUCAUAUGGUGGUGGUGCUCCAGGUUUAUCAAACUCAUAUGCAGGGUCUCCACUUUGGAUUGACAAAUUAGGUUUAUCAGCAAAGUAUAAUAUAACUACUGUGAUAAGACAAAGCUUUAUUGGGGGCAACUACAGUAUGAUUGACAAUGAGCUAGAGCCUCUACCAGACUGGUGGGUCAGUGUGUUGUAUAAGAGGCUGGUAGGCAACAAAGUGUUGCAACUCAGCUGUAAAUGUUCCCCAUUCCAAAGGGUUUAUGCUCACUGUGCCAAUAAAAAGUACACAAAUGAUACAACAGCUAUUACGAUCUAUGCUGUAAAUUUGCAGAUGGAGAAAGCAAAAUUUCUUCUCAACGGAACAGCUUUUCAUGGAGAUAAUUUAAACAUUGACGAAUAUAUAAUAAGUGCACCAUCGAACAAUAGAAGAACAAAAACUGUGCUUCUGAAUGGGUGGCCACUUUACUAUGAUGCUUCAUACCCAGAACUGCAACCCUACCAUAUGAAGUAUGGUAACCAUAUAUCCAUGCCACCAUAUUCUAUUGGAUUUUGGGUAGUGAAAAAUACAUCCAUUACUAUUUGUAAGUAAAUGUUAGUCCCUUUACCACAGUUUUAAGAUUUACAAUUACAAUUCAACAUCUGUAAUUGCAAUCCAGUGAUACAUUAAUGUCAUUAUAAAAAUGGUUAAACAAAUGUUAACAUUGUUAAAAGUGCUUGGUGCUUAAGCUAGAUAAUUUGUAUAUAAUAUUCAGCUUUAUA